UCCUCCUCCUCCUCCUCCUCUUCUCUGGUGGGGAGCCAUGUGGGGCCGUCGUGGGCUGCAGCUGAGAGGGCUAGCCGGUGCUCUAGCGGCCCAGCUGCCUUGGCGCCUCCCUCAGGCUGCCAUCUUGGAGCCUCCCUUCAGCAGUAAUGUCUAUGCUAUAACCAGACAAUUAAUUGUUUGCCAUUUUUGUACCACUGCGGACCAUAAUGUCUCCUACAAAGAACUCAAGGACUUGCUGGAUUCCAACGCCAUUUUGCUUAUUGAUGUCAGGGAGAAAUGGGAGAUUGGGCAAUAUGGAAAAAUACCUGGGUCCAUCUGCAUUCCAUUGGGAGAGGUUGCAGAAGCAUUACAGAUGAGCCCAUUGCAUUUUAAAGAGAAAUACAAUCAAGAUAUGCCUUCUAAAUCAGACCAUUUAGUCUUUUCCUGUCUGGCAGGAGUGAGAAGCAAAGCAGCUUUAGCUGCUGCAAAUUCUCUGGGUUUCAGCAGAGCUAAGCACUAUGCAGGUGGCUUCAAAGAAUGGGCAGAAUAUGAAUCUUCGGAGAAGAAGUGACUGGCAGAUCAGCCUAAAAUUCUUCUUAAAUAAAAUGUUUAAGGUAAAAAAAUUGAAAUGUAUCAUUAUGGUA